UGUCUGGUCCUUUCAGCUGCGCAGUUUGCCAGUGUCUCAGCUACACCUGCUCUGCCAAGCACUGCGUACUCCAUACUGUAAAAUCAAAGACCUGAAACUGAUUUUCUGUCGCCUCACAGCUUCUUGUGGUAGAGACCUCUCCUCAGUAUUUGAAACUAACCAGCAUCUGACAGAUUUAGAAUUUGUAAAAAAUACCCUCGAAGAUUCAGGAAUGAAUCUUCUGUGCGAAGGAUUAAAACAGCCCAACUGUGUAUUACAGACAUUGAGGUUGUACUGGUGCCUUAUCUCUUCUGCUUCUUGUGGGGCUCUAGCAGCUGUUCUUAGCACCAAUCAGUGGCUCACUGAACUGGAAUUUAGUGAGACAAAACUGGAAGCUUCAGCUUUGAAAUUGCUCUAUGAAGGCUUAAAAGAUCCAAAUUGCAAAUUACAGAAGCUCAAGUUAUGUGCUAGCCUUCACCCAGAAGGCCCAGAAGCUGUUUGCAAGUAUCUUUCUUGUGUUCUUAUUUGCAACCCACACCUCACUGAGUUGAACCUGAGUGAAAAUCCCUUGGGGGACAUAGGGGUGAACUAUCUUUGUGUGGGUCUCAGACAUUCCAACUGCAAAGUGGAGAAACUAGACUUGAGCACAUGUCACCUCACAGAUGCUACCUGUGUUGAGCUCUAUUCUUUCUUGCAAGAGAGUCAGACUUUAAAAGAGCUGUUUGUGUUUGCCAAUGUCCUGGGGGACACAGGAGUACAGCAUCUCUGCGAAGGUCUGCAGCACACAAAGGGUGUAAUUGAGAAUCUUGUGCUUUCUGAAUAUUCCCUCUCUGCAGCUUGUUGUGAACCCCUUGCCCAAGUCCUGAGCUCCACCCAGAGCCUGACAAGGCUGCUUCUGAUUAAUAACAAAAUUGAAGAUAUGGGACUGAAAUUGCUGUGUGAAGAAUUAAAACAGCCUGUCAUUUAAAAGAUCUGGCGUUAGCAGAAUGUCAUCUUACAGAUGCAUGCUGUGGAGCCCUCGCCUCUGUCCUCAACAGAAAUGAGAACCUAACAUUGCUAGACUUAAGUGGAAAUGACCUGAAGGAUUUUGGAGUGCAGGUGCUAUGUGAUGAGCUGAUUCAUCCAAUAUGUAAACUUCAGACAUUCUACAUUGACACAGAUCAUUUACAUAAAGAUACAUUUAGAAAGAUGGAAGUUUUAAAAAUGAGCAAGCCUGGAAUCACCUGGUAGUUUCCAAGGAGAGCUCCUGAAUUGACUGCAUAUGGACCCCUCCAUCUGACGCCGUCUUUAACAGUUGUGCAAUAUUAUUUUUCCAAACUGUUAACCUUUGCUGAGGAUGCUAGUGUGAAACAAGCAGCAGUGAUUGUUGUUUCUUACAUACAACUAUCCACUAAGUAGGAUGUAAAACGCAGAAGCACUUUAGUUUAAAUGCCUUCAGCAUAUAAUACCUUACAUUCAUAAUAUUUAUGUUGCAAUGUUUACUAUGCUUUUACAAGAACCCUCAGAGGUGGGAAGAUGAGGCUCUGAGAGGUUGUGACUAGCUCCAGGUCAUACAGCUCUUUAGAGGGAAGUCAAAACUGGAAUUUAUCCAGGUCUGUCAACACCCAGACCAUGCGUGGAAACAGUAGAAAAAACACACAUAAAUGAGUCCACUUAAAGAGACAAGGUACUUGAAAUGAUUAAACAACAAGAGAGUAUACAAACACAUGUUAUAUCUUAUGGUGCUGAUUUUAAAUACAUUUCUAAUUCAUGAAAGAAGAAUGAGCUGGACUAAUAGGGAAUGGCUUCAUGGAAGAGGUGAGACUUGAUGAGGGCCUUGAAGAGUGAGUAGGAUUAAGGUGAGAAUACAGUGGCCAGUGGCUAUAGGACUGCACGGCAACAGGGCUGUGUUUGUGAGCAGCUCACCAAAAGAGCCUAGGGAGAAAGAAAUGUUUGCACUAAAAUUUCUUGAGCUGCCACAAUAUCCAUAAUCCUAGGCUUCUGAGGGUGCUCUCCAGUUCCCAGUCUCAUCUCCCUUUCUGAACUUUGAAUACCUUCCGAAUGUGUUUGUAUUUGUUCAUGGCCUUCUAAGACUGACUCAGUCUUGAUCUCUGACAGCAUCUUACAUAGCCAAGCAUGGAUCCUAUACAACCCCCUGUUUUUCUCUCUGCCUAGCUUUCAUAAAACACCAGAUGAGGCAGUGGAGAAAGGGAGUGCCAGGCAACGAAAUAGCACAAAGUCAGUGAAAUAGUGAACAUGAUGUGGGAUCAACAGAAAGUAGGCCAGCCUUAUUAAAGUGUAGAGAUGUCUCCAGAAGCUAUAACUAGCUGUGUGACCCUGAAUAUGUCACUUGGAUUCCUGAAACCUCACUUUCCUUAUCUAUGAAAUGGGGAUAAGUUGACAUUAACCUUGCAGGGCUGUUUCCCAACAUGGUACUUUCCCCACAGUAGGCACCUGUUAGUUGUAGCUGUUUGCGUGUUUACCUGUAGUAUAACUCAGCUGUAUAAUGGAGCUCCUAGAUUUUCUUGCAGUGUAAAUCAUGUGAAGUGUGCAUUUGAACUAAAUGUAUGUGCUGGACACAAUGAACCUAGUGGAGGAAAAGACUCAUAGUGGGAAGUUAUUCCAGAAGAGAGGUUGUAGUAUAGCACAGCUGCUCCAUGGCUUUAUCCAUCAUCAUGUAUUGUUCUUCACUGCCCUGGGAGGUAGUAACACUCAAUAAGCAGACCAGGUCUAUUCUAAGAAAAAUGGUCAAGAGAGCAGUUUGUCUCCAGUUUUCUAAAGUUUUCUUUGCUUUUAGUUAUGUAACACAUUUAUUGCACAUUUAUUACGUGCCAGAUUUUGUGUUAAGUGUUGACUUGGCAGAAAUGAAUAUGCCUUUUCCUGUGCAAUUCCUCUACCGUGUUCUCUGACUGCCUUAGUCCGUCUGUCAGUCUGGAAAACAUCUGAUAAAACUCGGUCUCACUAAGAUCUUAAAGAUAUAAUGUUAAAUGAGAAAUUGCACAACCGUGUGUGUGCACAAUCCAGUUUGUGUACAAAAGGAUAUAUAUGCAUGUGUAUGUAUGUGUCCAGAAAAUCUAUGGAAGGAUAUAUACAAGAAACUGCUAACAGUGAUUACUCUGGCAAGAGGAAUUUGGCAAGCAGGGGCAGUGGGGAGAAGAGGAAAGACCUUUUCAUCAAUAGCCUUCUGUCGUACUUGGUGGUUUUUUUUCCUUUUUUUUUUUUAACCGUGUGCAUGUUUUACUUUUACAAUUAAUAAACAUGAUGUUAAAAUAAAAAUCAUAUUGAGGAG